AUGAAUAAAUUUUCAUUAGUCUUGCUACUUAUUGUCUUCGCAAGCUCUUCUGAUUUGGAUAAUUAGAUUUCUUUAGGAAGAGAGUUAAAAUUCUAAGAAGCAAUACAUCUGAGUCCAAAUCGGUUCACAUGUGAAAUGGAUCCGAAAUUUUAUGACUUUAUUAUAAUGGAACUAUCAAAAUGGUCAGAUAUUAUUGAUAGGAAGCCACAACUAAUGAAGGAUUUAACAAUUAUUGAAUAAAUAAUUAAAUUAGUAGAUAAAGCUAAAUAUAUAGAUGCUGCAUAAUAAGAAAUGUUUAUCUAAAUAACGUAGAGUCUUUCAGCUUCAAUAAGAGAGAUUUCAAUGGCUGAAAUAAAGAAUCAAUGGGCUUAAUUUAACAUUGAUGAUGUCUUACAAUAGAUGAAAAAACUAUCAUCAUUAACAAAUGUUUAAGAAAAAAGUUUGAUGGGAGACUAAAUAGUGGGCCAAUUAUAGAUCAUGGAAAAAUAAAUAAACAUCUACUUAAAUGAAUGUUAAGGCUAUUCAAGCAGCGCUGAACUUUAAGAAAAAGUUUAACAACUAAAAAAUUAAAAAAAUAAAUGUGGGUGGUCUUAUGACAAAGAAUAUUAAGGAUCGACAAGAUUGCCACCAGGAAAAUCAGAUUAACCAGAAUCCUCUGAUCCUGAGAAUGAUACACAAUCAGUUCAUUAAUAAGCAGCUAAUCAAGACAAACCAUUUUAAUCAAAUCCAAAUUAUGAAGGAGGUCAAAAGGAAAAUAAAUAAUAGUCGACAAGAUUGCCACCAGGUAGAUCAGACUAGCCAGAAUCCUCUAAUCCUUAGCAUGAUACAUAAUCUGUUCAUUAAUAAGCUGCUAAUCAAGACAAACCAUUCUAAUCCAACCCAAAUUAUGAAGGAAAUCAAAAGGAAAAUAAACAAUAAUCAACUAGAUUGCCACCAGGAAGAUCUGAUUAGCCAGAAUCCUCUGAUCCUAAAUAUGAUACAUAAUCAGUUCAUUAAUAAGCUGCCAAUUAAGAUGAGCCAUUUUAAUCCAAUCCAAAUUAUGAAGGAAGUUAAAAGGAAAAUAAAUAAUAGUCUACUAGACUACCACCAGGCAGAUCAGAUUAACCAGAAUCUUCUAAUCCUUAGCAUGAUACAUAAUCAGUUCAUUAAUAAGCUGCUAAUCAAGACAAGCCAUUCUAAUCAAAUCCAAAUUAUGAAGGAAAUCAAAAGAAAAAUAAAUAACAAUCAACUAGAUUACCACCAGGAAGAUAUGAUUAACUAGAAUCUUCUGAUCCUAAAUAUGAUACAUAGUCAGUUCAUUAAUAAUCAGCCAAUUAGGAUUAGCCAUUCUAAGCAAAUCCAAAUUAUGAGGGAAGUUAAAAAGAAAAUAAAUAAUAAUCUACUAGACUACCACCAGGCAGAUCAGAUUAGCCAGAAUCUUCUGAUCCUAAGCAUGAUACAUAAUCAGUUCAUUAAUAAGCUGCCAAUUAAGAUGAGCCAUUUUAAUCCAAUCCAAAUUAUGAAGGAAGUUAAAAGGAAAAUAAACAAUAAUCAACUAGAUUGCCACCAGGAAGAUCAGAUUAACCAGAAUCCUCUAAUCCUUAGCAUGAUACAUAAUCAGUUCAUUAAUAAGCUGCUAAUCAAGAUAAGCCAUUCUAAUCAAAUCCAAAUUAUGAAGGAAAUCAAAAGGAAAAUAAACAAUAAUCAACUAGAUUGCCACCAGGAAAGUCAGAUUAAUCAGAAUCUUCUGAUCCCCUUCAUGAUCAUUAAACAGCACAUUAAUAAACAGCAAAUCAAGAAAACAAGUUAUAAGGAAAUCUUAUACAUGAUGAAAGCAAAUCAACUUCCACAAGAUUGCCUCCUGGCAAAUAUGAUCAACCUGAAUCAUCUAAUCCAAUUCAUGAUAAAUAAACUUCUCAUCAAUAAUCGGCAAACUAAGAUAAACCAUUUUAAUCCAAUCCUAACUAUAAAGAUGCUUCUUCAGCUGAUGAAUCUUCAGCAAAACCAACUCAUAGUUAGAACAAUUAACAUGUUACAGUUAAUUCUGCAGGAAAUUAAAAUUCCCAUGCUGGAGUUUACGAAGAACCAUUCCAGGGUAAUCCAAAUUAUAAGGAAGACAAACCAGAGAAGAUAAUUGAAGAUGUAGGUUUUGGAUCUGGCUCACCAAAUGCUUAUGAUGAAGAUGAAUGUCCAUAAGGAGAGGAAGAUGAUACUCCAAUCAAUUAUGAAGAAGAAGAGGUACCAGAAUAACCUGAGCCUGAAGUUUAAGAAGCUCCUGAGGAAACAGAAAAAGAAGAAGCAAAACCUGAAGAAGAACAAAAAGACGAAGAGGAGGAAAAACCAAAAAAAGAACCAGAAGUUGAAAAGCCUAAAGUUGAAGAAAAAUAACCUAUUCCAGAAAUUCCUCCUGAUGAUGAUGAACCUGCUGUUGAAGGAGAGGUUAUAAAAACAGAAGGAGUUGGUUCAUCAGUUGAUGGUAGAGUAGGCUAACAAGUAUAAAAUUCUUAAGAAUAAGAAGGGGAAGAGCCUGAAGAAAUUGAUGUAGAAGUGGAUGAAGAGGUUGAUGAUGGCAAAGGAGGUAAAAAAAUAAUUAAGAAAAUUAUGAAAAAGGCUGUCAAAAAAUAUAAAAAGAGGUCUGCAAAGCUUGCAAAGAGUUCAAAAAAUACAUAGAAAAAAUCAACUAAGCCUGGAUCGAAAUUGAAGGCCGUAAAUAAAAAAGCAGGAUAAUAAAAAAAAAAGGUAAAAUCUAAAUAAGGAGGAAAUGGGGAUGGAGAAGAAUAUUGGGAAGAAACUGAGGAAACAUUUGAAGUAACAGAAGACGGCAAGGAAACUUUAGUCUCCUCCACAACUAAAUCAUCUACAUAAAAAAAACUAAACUUUAAUGCCAUCGGUGAUACUUCUAUUGAUUUGAAUAUUUCAGAUAUUAAUAACGAAGAAGAUAAUUCUGUGGAAGAUUAAUAUCAAUAGGAUACCUUUUAUGAAGAAUUAGAUGAUAGAAUUAUAUAUUAUGAAUAUGAUCCAAUUGAUAAAGUGUUUAGAUAGUCUGAUAUAAUUUUAAAACCUUAAUAAUAACGAUCUUUGAUGAUAUCAAAUUGGAGUGAUCUUUUGGAUUAUGUUACUGAUUUACCUGAAAAUGAGUAAGAUUAAGAUAAAUCAAGUUCAGGUGAGCAAAAAGAUACUAAUCCAACUUCUGAUGAAAAAUAAUAAAUUGAAAAACAAGGUACAUAAAGUUAAUAAGAAAAUAAGGAUUAAUAGUAAUAAUAAUAAUAAUAGUAGUAGUAAUAGUAAUAGUAAUAAUAACAAUAAUAAUAGUAAUAAUAACAGUAAUAAUAAUAAGCAUCCCAAUCGUCAUAGUAAUAAUAACAAUCACAAUAGUAAUAAUAAUAACAACAACAAUAACAAUAAUAAGAAUAGUAAUAAUAAUAACAACAACAACAACAAUAACAAUAAUAAGAAUAGUAAUAAUAAUAAUAAUAAUAAUAAUAAUAAUAAUAAUAAUAAUAAUAAUAAUAAUAAUAAUAAUAAUAAUAAUAAUAAUAAUACCAACAAAAGAAUCAAUAAGCAUAAGAGUAGUAAAAAUAAUAAUAGGGCUAAGGAGAGAAAGAAUAGUAGAAUGUUAAAGCAUCUUAAUAACAAGAAUAAUAGCAAUAAUAGAGCUAAUAGCCUACUGAAGUGAAAAAAUAAGAAGAUAAAAAUUAAGAUACUAAAAAGCAAGGUUAAGCUUAAUAAACUAAGGAGAGUUCGUUUGGUGGUCCUAUUUAAGAUCUGUUAAAGGAUGAAAAAUAAGCCUUAAAAAAUGUUUAAAAUGAGAAACCAAAACAGAAAGUAGAAGAUCAUAAUCAUGAAAAAUCAAUAAAGAUUAGCUCAAUUAAGGAAGAAUAUAACCCGAAUGAACCAACCUAAUAUGUACCUCCAAAACAUAAAGUUAACACAAGACCUGCAAAAGACAGAGUUGUUGUACCUGUAUCAACUAAAUAUGUUUCAAGUUCUUUUGAUGGAGAACCAGCAGAACAAUAUGAAUUUGCAGAUAGAGAAAUGCUUUAAGAUUCUGAUGAAUAUGGUUAUGGUUUUUGGUUAAGAUACACUGAUAAUUUCCCCAAGAAACACUCGCGGUAGGCUUAACAAUAUUAUUUUAUAUCAAGAUUAACAUCGAAUUAGGAUUAUAAAGAUUAUACAUUUUAUGGAGAUAGAACCCUUUCAGUGUUUUUGUUAGAAAAUACAUUCGUCUUUUCCACAUAUGAUCAUGGUGAUAAAAAGAAAAUAAAAGAUUAAGUAGUAGCUUUGAACGAAGAAUUAGAAAGUAUGUGGUACUUCAUUACAUUUUCUUACAGUUUGGCCAAAAAAGCAGCUGUUGGUUAUGUAGUGGGAUAUGGUGAUAAUGGUAAAGUUUUAAAAACAGAAAUCCAUUGUUAGCAUGUUCCUCCAAUCUACUUUAAAUUGAUCAUAGGAGGAAAGCAUUUUGCAUAUGAGGGAUUUAAUGGAUAGUUUGCAAAUAUCUUUUAUGAUAUAGAUGCUCCAGCUUUUAUCGAUUCUGAAGAGAAAAUAAAUCAGCUCAUAAAAACAAUUAGUAAUGUUCCUCAAGCAGUUAGCAGUUUAACUGAUUUAGAGAUCUUAACAACUCCAAGGUCCUUUGGGGCAAACAAUAAAGGAGAUUCUGUUGUAUUAGAUCCAUAAGAAUCAACUCUAAUAAUAGAGGAGUAUAGUUUUGCAGGAUGGUUUAGAUGGGUAGACGAUUUAAAGGUGGAUGAGUCGAAUACAUUUUAACUAUUUAAUUUGAGAUCCACAGAUAAAAAGUAGCCAAAUAAAGGAGUAUUAGGAGAUCGUUCAUUGGAGGUUCAUUACACUUAUGGUGGAGGAGCUAAAAGCACAGUUUACUUUAAUACUUACACAAUUCAAGGAAACAAAGCCAAAGGAACAUCAUAUAUUUCUAAAACAGUUGAAUCACCAAAUUAUACUUGGACAUAUGUUUACUUUGGUUAUGAUAAUGAUUAAGUAAAAGCAUAUGGUGCAUUGAUUAGACCAGGAAAAGCAGAUGAAAUCAUAUUUGAUCCUGUUCAACAUAAACUUGUGACUAAAUUGCACUUUACUAUUGGAGGGGACGAACAAAUUUCAUCCUUCAAUGGCAGAAUAGGAUAUGUUGGAGUAUAUUUGGGACCAGGUGCUUAUAAAUCAAGCCUUAAUUUUGGUUAAUAAUUUUUCUAUGGAGAUGGAGCUGUUGGUGUCUAUCAAUUAGUCAAACCAAUUUAAUUUUAGGAUGAUGCUUCCGAGCCAAACGUUGUUAGAGAUGCUGAAUAUGAUUCUGAUAAACCUUUAGUUGAUAAGAUUUUAAUUCAUGAUGAUACUAAAUUGAGACUUAAUGGUCAGAGUGAAUACUCAUUUGGCUUAUGGACUAGAUGGUUGUAGACUUUACCCAAAUUUUUGGUCCAAAGAGGUGCUGUUCAUAAUAUAGCUAGAUUUGGCACUGCUCCAUAUUUAAUUGAAUAAGUUGAUGGAAAACUAAAGAGAGCAAACACAAGACCUCUUUAAGAGAAGGAUCAAACUUUGGCAGUUACAUUAAGUAAAUAGGCCUACGAAUUCUAUACUUACAAAGCUAAAGAUGAUAUUGAAUUUGAUGAUAUAGAAGGUUCAUGGAAUUAUGUUUACUUUGGUUAUAAACGAGUUGCAAAUAAGGGUAUAGCUAAAGGUUAUGUUUAAUUUGGAGUUGAAGGAGAAAUAAAGGAAGUCGUUUUUGAUAUUUUGCACGAUUUCUUAUUGGAGUAUGCAGAAUUUGUUGUUGGAAAGAGCUCAGCACCUUUCUUUAAUGGUUAAAUGUGCAAGAUCUAAUGUUCAAUCGGACCAGGAGCAUUCAUAAAUUCAGUUGACCAACUCAAAUUGUUAACAUAGAAUACUUUACCUGAUAAGGCCUAAAUACGUCCCAUUAGCAGAUAAACAUAAUAGUUAAUCGGACUACCAGUAGAACAACCAAGCCAAAAGUUCCAAUUUGAUAAAUUCUAAGGAAUUAAAGAGUAUAGUAUUUCAGGAUGGGUGAAAUGGAGUGGAAUUUAGAAAGUGGGCAAAGUGUUUCCUAUUGCCUCUUUUGCUCAAAAAAGACUUGCUGAUUUGAAUGGAAAAUUUGAAUAAACCCUAUAAAUAUUACGAUCAGAUUUGGCCUAUAAUUUUAAUACAUAUUCUUGCAAAGGAGAUGAUUGUUCUGGAAUUGUUACUCAAGAGUAGUCACUGGGAGAAUACUGGGAUCAAUGGACUUAUAUUUAUUAUGGUUAUUCAUAAUUAUUGAAAAAAACAUUUGGUUAUGUGAAGUUUACCUUUACAGAUAGCAAAUUUAAUUAGGAUUAAAUUACUCAUUUUUAUGUAGCAGUAUUUUCAGUAAUAAUUUCAUCAGAGGAGUAAAAGUUCUAAGGUUCAAUGAAAACAUGGGUAAUCAAUAUUGGAGAAGGAUCAUAUAGAGAAGGUAAUUUUGAUUCUGAUGAAAAUAUCAAAGUACACUUUGGCUUUGUUAGUGGAACUGAUCACGUUAAGUUAUAAUAGGCAGGAUAAGAAGCUCAACACGUUGAAUAGAUUAUAGAGUGUGCUGCUAAUGAGAAGGAUGUACCUCUACAUGUUUAAUUUGAGUAAAGUGAAAAAUUACACCUACAUGGAGUAAGUGAAUAUGGAUUCGGAUUUUGGGCUAGAUUCGAGCAUUUUGCACAAAAGGGUAUUUUGUAUCAAUAACCACAAUGGAUGGGAUUGGCCAGAUUGACAAACUAGAAGGAUUAUAAAGAUUUUGAGUAACCUGGAGAUAGAGUGCUUUUGAUCUUACAAGGCAAGGGUAUUCACCACUUUUCAACUUACAAUGUACAACCUCCUUCAAAUAAUGUGAAUGGAAAUAUUCCUUAUUUGUUGGAAUCUGAAAGUGAAUGGAUUUACCUUUAUUUCAGUUAUAAGAGAAUCUCAUAGACUCUAGGUCAUGCUGUAGCAUUUUCUUCUUAUAAUGAUAUCACUGCAGGAAUAUAGAUGGAUGUCAUCCAUACAUUAUUGUAAAACUAUUUGUAAUUAACAAUUGGUCAUGCAGGAAAGUUCUAUCCAAAUUUCAAUGGGUAAAUUACAACUGUUAGAUUUAAUCUUGGUCCUGGAGCCUUCAUUGAGAAUAAAUAAGGAAUUCUAGCUAGAAUAAAGAACAAGGAUCCAAAGCCUGAGAUCAACAUUAUUACAAAAUAAUAUGAGGUGGUUGCUGGAAAGUAAGAUGCCUAAAAUCUUAAGAUUGUGAAUCCAUUGACAAUUGAAUAAGAAGCAAGGGAAUAUUCAGUGUCUUUAUGGUUUAGAUGGUUUAAAACACAAGUUAGACCAAAUCAAGUAAUUUAUAGAUUGACAUCAAACAAAGGAGAGGAUGACGCAAAGAAUAUAGGAGAUAAGGUUUUGAUGUUGGCACAUAUUGGAACUGCGUUAUUUAGUACUUAUUCUUUGUAGGAUUUAACCUUGAAUGUUCCUUAUGAAUGCAAUAUUCCAAAGCAAUAACUAGAAAUUUGGACUUUUGCCUACUUUGCUUAUUCUAAGAAGGAGAGAAAGGUUUAGUAUUUCUUAAGAGCAGAUUCUCACGAGAACAAAGGUAACGAGCCAAUCCUACAUGCAGUGGCAUCCAAAUAUCUUCUUUUUGUAGGAAAAGAUGGACAAUUAGAAAAUUACAAUAGUCGAUUGGCUUAACUGACAAUUAAUUUCGGAGAAGGAGCCUUCAGAAAUGAUAAUUUCUUGCAAUUGCCAGUUUAUGUUUUGGGUCCCAAGUUGUUCUCCCAAGAGAAAAUGUACAAGUGGGAAAAGAGUGAAAAAUUGAUACUUGGUUAGCCACAAAAAAUUAGAUUUAAUGAUGAGCCUGACAAACCAAUUGAAUCUAUGCAAGAAUACAGUGUUGGACUUUGGUGCAGAUUUUUGUAAUCUUGGCCUGAAAGAUAAUACAGAUUGCCUUUGGAAAUGUAAUUAAUCAGAUUGACAAAUAAUGAAAAGAAUGAAGUAGGAAAAGUUGCUAUUGGAGAUAGAAUUCUUGCAUCUUACGUUAUUUAGAAUGGAUUUUAAUUUGCAACCUACGACUUAAAUGAUGAUGCUCCUAAUGAAUUGCAUACAAUUUCAAACUAAAGAUUAGAGGGUCAAUGGCAUUAUAUUUAUAUGGGCUAUCUCAGAUCUAAGUAAAUAGCAUCAUUCUUUGUGUUUGAUGGAGCAGAGAUGUUGUCAGCAAAGAACACAGAUUUGUUACAUAAACCUUUAGGAGACUUCGUAAUUUUACAUAUAGGAGGAGAACCAGAUGUACCUUCAUUUUAGGGCAUAAUAAGCAAAUUAGCUUUGAGUUUCGGUCCUGGAUCAUUUUUAAGUUUAGCCUAAGAAGUUAUGAAGACCAUUCAAAAUUCUUAUGCUUUAGAAUAAGCUUUAACAGUGGGAUAUAUUCAUAAAGAGAAACAUGGACAAUAGGAAUUAAUUGGAAAGUUGGAAACUGUUACAGAUGAAAUAGGUGGUACUGAAUUAAGAGGUGAGACUUGGUCAAGUGUUGGAGAAUACUCAAUUAGUGGAUGGUUCAAAGCAGCCAAUGUUAAUGGAAUGAGUGCUAAUGAUUGUUAAAUCUUGUUCAGAGUUACUAAUAAUGAUAAGGAGCAUUUAAAUGAUAAGAGAUCAUAGGGUGACAGAACAUUAUUUGCAUCAAUUUGUGUUGAUUCAAUUAAAUUAUCUACUUAUACACUUGCAGGAUUGAAGGAUUGGAACGAAGCUAAAUUCUUAGAAGAAAAUGUACCAUUAGGUCAUAAUAAAAGAGCUUGGAGUUAUAUCUACAUGGGAUAUAAUGAGGAUGCACAAGAACUUCAUGCUUUAUUGCAUUUAUUUGAAGAGGAUAAACCAUUAAUAUUCAAGGGAGUUCAACACUUUGUUCCUCAUUACACUGGUAUUUAUGUGGCUAAAGAUCCAUACACCAAGAGAUUUUAAGGAGAAAUUUAAAAAUGGAUGGCUUGUUAUGGAUUUGGUGCAUUUGUUAGUGUGCAGAAGAGAGGAUAUGAAGAUUUACUACCAAAUUAUAAUGCAAUAGCUAUUAAUCAAAAAUUCAUGUGGUUCAGAAAAGAAGAUACCGUGGUUGAAACAGAAUAGGCAAUCACUCAAGAGUUCAAUUAAGAAGUUGAAUCUGUAGAUGAGUAUUCGAUUGGAGUAUGGACUAGAUGGCUCAUCUCAUUCCCAACCACUUUAACUGAAAGACAACCAUAACACAACAUCUUUAGAUUAUCAGCAAAUAAGUUAGACUAAGAUAAGAGUGAAUUGGGAGACAGAGUGUUGUCGGCUUUCCUUACUUUGGGUAACUAUGAAUUCAGUACUUAUGACAUAAGUAAGCCAUCAAAUGCAGUGGAUGCAAAAUUGCCAUAUGGAGAAUUAGAAGGUGCAUGGACUUACAUUUACACUGCCUAUAAGGGUGGACAAUUCUAUGGUUUGGUGUUGUUUAGAGAAUAGUAAAAGGCAUAGCAUGUGGAAUUGUAAGUGUAACAUAGUGCUUUGACAGGUUAUGCUAAAUUUGUAUUGGGAGCAAAAGAAUUUGGUAGAAAAGGAUUCCAUGGAUGGUUAUUCGAUCCUAGAAUCUUCUUAGGGGCUGGUGCUUUCAUUAGUGAAGGAUAGAAAGUAGUAGAUAUGGUUUUGAAGUUGCAUCGUAAAUUGCCAGUACCUGCUGUUGAUGCAGAAGAUUUUAAAUGGCCUGUUGCUAUUGUUGACACUACAUUGCCUGAUGAUAUCAAUGAGAAGAAGGACAAGUUCCAAUUCUCUUUCGCAAAUAAAGUAGGUUUGUUAGAGUAUUCAUACGGAUUUUGGAUGCAAAAUGCAGUGUUGUAGCCUGAAAUGCCUGAUGAUCUAAGAGGAUUGGUCAGAUUGACUACGAAUAAUGAAGGCUCUGAUGAAAGAUUCAUUGGAGAUAGAACAUUAGCUGUUUUCACAAAAGUUUAAAAGUUGGUGACUUGCACUUACACUUUGAAAGAUCCCACUUUCGAGCCAGUAUCCCAUGAAUUUGAUUUGUUACAAUAUCAAUGGACUUAUGUUUAUUUCGGAUACACUCAAGGAAAGGCCAGGGCCUAUGUUCUUAGUACCAAGGGUCCUUCAGAGUAGGUGUUCUCUGUGAAACAUGCAGUCCCCAAUGCUUUUUACUUAAAUGUAAUCAAAGAUCAAUCCCAUCCCUUGUUUUAUGGUAAAUUCUAUGGGCUGAAAGUCAAUUUUGGACAGGGCAGUUAUUUGGAGAAUCCUCAAGAGUUGAUUGAGAAAUGGCCUUAUGAUCCUAAGGUGCUUCCAGUGCCUGAACCAAAGGAGGAGAAAGUGUUGGCUCUCAAUUCCGCUAAGGUUGACAGAGCCCCUAAUACUUAACAUGAAUAAUUCAGAGAAUGA